AUGGAUGCAGACUAUUCAAGAUUGAUUUUAUACAGUGCAGUAAGAUGGCUUUCAAGAGGGAAUAUUUUAUCACGAUUUUACAAUUUGAGAGAGGAGUUACUUGUAUUUUUAAUUAUGGAAGAAUCUGAAUUCAACUUUCUUGGAGACGAAGAGUGGUGGACAAAGUUGUCUUUCUUAACUGAUUUUGACUUGGUUGAUUUAAAACUUGUUGAAGAAGAAAAUAUCUGUUCAAUUAAAGAUGAUCGAACAUUGCAGUUGAAAUUCAAAAAAAUCACUCUCAAUAAAUUCUGGAUAUAUGUUUCUAAAGAAUAUCCAGAUAUAUCUAUAAAAGCACUGACUAUUCUUGUGGCAUUUUCACCCUCAUAUCUUAUUGAACAAUGGUUUUCAGCGCUUACGAAUAUAAAAAAUAAAAAACGAGAAAAACUAAAUUCAGUGGAGGAAGAAAAGCGGAUUAUAUCCUUUGGUUGGUUUGAUAUCAGUAUUCUAUUAGAUUGUUGUAUACCAGGAAAGUUUUUACUAUGCAGUGAUUUGCCGUUGCCUUCUUAA